AUGCCAUUCGUUCCUUCCCAAGUAGAGGACCUCAUCAGAGGGGGAGCAGAGGUGAACUGUACCCACUGGCUCACUGAAGCCCCUGCAGUGUCAGAUGCUGGCUGUGUGGAGUUACUCUUGGAAAAAGUUGCUGAGGUGGAUGCCCUGGACUGUUAUAACCAAACAGCUCACCACCUUGCCGCUGAGAAAGGUGCAGCCUGUGUAGGGGUCCUGUUGGAGUAUGGUGCAAACCCCAGUGCACUGGAUGGCAAAUAAGAUACCCCACUGCACUGGGAAGCCUUUAAGAGCAAGGCUGAGUGUGUGUGGACCCUCCUAGAGAGGGGGACCUCUGCCAGUGCCCUGGAUUACUAUAAUGAUAACCCACUCAGCUGGGCUGCCUUGAAAAGCAAUCUUGAGAGGACCAGCAUCCUUCUUAGUUAUGGGGCAGAGGUCAGAGUCAUCAACCUAAAAGGCCAGACACCCUUCUCCUGCCUGGUGGCUCUCCUAGUUAGGGGACUUGGAACAGAGAAAGAGGACUUGUGCUUUGAGCUCCUCCACAGAGCUGUUGGACACUUUGAAUUAAGGAAAAAUGGUACCAUGCCACAAAAAGUGGCCAAAGACCAGCAACUGAGUGAAAAACUGUUCUGGUUCAGCCCCAGGAACUUUAAAAACACUCUCUUAUCUGUUGUGUGCUGUAGCCUGACACUCCAGUACUUGCCAGAGAAGGGCCUUCCACUGCCAGCUUCUCUGACAGAAUGCCUGCUACCUGUACAGGAGCCUGGACAUGUUCGCACCAUCAGGCAGGCACCCCUGGUGAAACAUUCGCGGACCGAGCCCUCCUCUCUCCCAAACACCGGGUCAAUCCCACCAACUGGCGAUGGCAAGCGCCUGGCACGGGUGAAGUUAUCAGCGAAGCGCAGAACGGCCACCUUCCUCCACCGCGCGCCCAGGCAGCGGCUGGGAGGACGCUUCCGGGGGGCGCGCGGUUGGCGAGCGGGCGCCGGAGCCCGCAGCGGCGCGAGGGAGGAGCGCGGGCCGGGCCGGGCCGGGCGGGGCGGGGCGGGGCGGGGCCGAGAGCGUGCGCGCGCACCUCACACCCGGCGCCCGGGGACGCCCACUCCUCUCCCGGCCAAGGGGGGCGAGGACGAGGACCGGGCCGCAGCACUGCUCCGCGUGGACGCGCUGCCUCUCGUGCAGCGGCCGCCGCCGCCAGAGCGAGCAAUUGCGAGCGACCGGAGGCUGCGCGGAGGAGGCCCCCACGGCGGCCGGCGGCGGGGCAGGAAGGACAGAGCCGACCUCUGCCCGCCCGAGGCUCGGCUGCUCCCGCGCGCCCGGGGCCGCCGCCUCCCCAGGGCUGAGCGAGGAAUGAGCAGGCGCCCGCCUGGGGCUGUUGGGCCGAGAGGCCGCGGCUCGGCUUCAUCCCACGCCGCGGGGCCGCGGGGGCUCGGUCACCGCGGCCGGGAGCGGCGGGGUCAGCGGCGGCCUCGCUCGGGGAGCAGGCGCCGGGGUUAA